AUGCCUCAACGGCCUUCAACUUCGAGCACAGGCGGGACGUCGGUGCCAUCCCUUGUCAACACGGAUGCUAGCAGCCAGAACGAGGCAUACGAUAGCAUCACGAGUUCCGUCAAAGAACAUGUUUAUGAAGGUGGCAUGCGCUACCAUGCUUACAAGAGCGAAACAAAUUAUGCCUUCCCCAACGACGAGAACUUUCAGAACUGCGAGGAUAUGAAGCAUGAGAUGGCGCUCACGCUGUGCAGUGGCAGAUUUCACUACGCCCCUAUUGAGUAUAUGAUGGUCCCUGGUGCACACGUUCUUGAUUUAGGCACGGGCACGGGGAUAUGGGCAAUUGAGUUUGGUGACAGAUAUCCCGAUGCCGAGGUUGUGGGUUACGACUUUUCUCCCAUCCAACCGUCAAGUGUGCCCCAAAACGUCCGAUUUAUCGUGGACGAUUUUGAGGAUGAGUGGGUUGACCCAGAGAACAAGUUCGACUUUGUUUUCAUUCGGUUCACGAUACGCUUCGUAAAGAACCGUAAGGCGUUGUUGGACAGGAUCUACAGACAUCUCAAACCCGGCGGCUACGUGGAAAUCCAUGACAUGAACCCACCCGCCAUGGCCGACGACGACUCCAUUUCGCCGGAAAAACCCUACGCCGUGCGCACCUGGCUCGACCUCGUCGGCCAGGGCUGCGACGCGCUCGGGGGGUGCGUCAACGCGAUGCGGUAUAUCCCGGACGAGUUGGCCAAGGCUGGCUUCAAGGACACGCAAAUCGUAAGCCAUAAGUGCCCGCUGGGCGGCUGGCCGCAAGACCCGAGGUUGCGCCGCGUUGGUACUUUUUUGGCCGAGAUCUUCAUGGAGGGUAUGAAGGGUCUCAGCUAUAGACCUUUUACCACGGGCCUGGGAUGGAGCCCGGACCAGCUCGAAGUCUACUUGGCUACCGUGAGGCCAGACCUCAGUAAUCCUAACUUCCAUACGUACUACCCGUACAAUAUCGUCUACGCGCGGAAGCCGACGAGGCUGUGA